AUGAACAGUGCCUUGGUGGUUAUAAUCCUUCUGCUGCAAGUAGGAUACACCCUGUCACAAUGUCCUACAACAAGCUGCACUUGUGUAACCGUGUCUUCAUCAACUAAACGAGUAAUCAGAUGUGGUAACCUCAAUGUCAUGCCAACGUUUACCUCAUCUGCAGAGUUAUUUCAGAAACUGGAUCUAGUUGCACAAAGUAAUAAUAUACAAGUGCUUCAAGCCAAUGCUUUUCAGGGAAUUCGUGUUGAAGAAAUUGACAUGAAUGGUGACAACAUUCGAUUGCAAAAUGUUCAUCCAUUGGCCUUUUCUGGAUUGCAACAAAAUUUAAAAAUCAUCAGGCUGCGUGGAGAUUCGGUAUUGCCACCCCCAUUCAGCCAAAUGCAAAAUUUGACUAAUCUCCAAGAACUUCAGCUCGAAUAUUUCAAUAUGCCAAGAAUUGAAAGAAGUUCCCCGUUUUAUUAUUUUCCUAAUCUACUGACACUGCGGUUACGAAACAUGCAGACAACUUCUGUAUCUGCCGAUGCCUUCAUGGAUCAGUUACAAGUGAUCAACCGCUUUGAAUUUGAAUACAAUGAUGUCCCAACUUUUCCACAACCUGCAAUUAAUAGACUGCGCACUUUGGAACAUCUCUCAUGGCUUCAUAAUGGAAUGGAAACCAUACCAUCAGGAUCAUUCAGAUCUCUUAACAAUCUUACUGAACUGGACUUGAGAGGAAACCAGAUUGCUUCACUAGAUUAUGGAUGUUUUGAUGGAAUAACAGAAAAAUUGGAGUUUUUGGCACUCCAUCUCAAUAAACUAAAUGAACGCAACAUCGUACCAUUGGGUAAUUAUUCGUGGCCCAAACUAGAACAGCUUAACCUUGGUCAUAUGCAAACAGACUUUCAAGACAUUCCUUCUGGAUUGUUCAGAAACAUGCCAAAUCUGGCCAACCUAAUGCUGACAAACAAUAAGUUAAGGCAGAUAAAAAGCAAUGAUUUUGCAGGUCUUAGAAAUAUGCGCUCUAUGGACUUAUCUGAAAAUUAUAUAAAUACUAUUCAUAAAGGUGCACUUGCCCACAUGCCACUUCUUGACACUCUUGAUAUACGAGCCCAGUAUGGUUUAAGUGCCAGCAACCCGCUUAACUUCAGCUUGGACAUCUUCCAGGGGACAGAAGUAGCUAUCAAGACUCUUUAUAUACAGGAUAACCAUCUGAUAGAACAACAUGCCUGGGAUGCUAUUGGAGCCAUGAAGAAUCUGUCAAACCUUGAUAUCUCUAAAACAAAACUAUCCAACAUUCCAUCUUUAGUUUUCUACAACCAUAACCAACUAGGGAGUCUUAAAAUGCAAAGAAAUAAUCUCUCAGUAUUAAGACAGGAGUCUCUGUAUGGACUUAAAACCUCUCUUGAAAUGAUUGACAUUUCUUUCAAUCAAAUAGAUGUAAUAGAUGAAUGUGUAUUUAAAGGAUUCAGCAAACUGAAAUUUGUUUUAGCAGAUGGAAACCCAUUUGCUUGUAAUUGCAAUCUCUAUGGUUUGUACCAGUUCCUCAGAACAAUCAAUUCAAAUGGAGGAUAUACGUCUGUGCCAUGUAGUUCUCCCUCCAAUUUAGCAAACAGGGAGCUGUCUAGUUUACAGACGUCUGAAUUUUGCACCAGUUUGCCUACAGCUGCUACUUGUCCGGAUUUCAAAUCCACGACAACUCCCCCCAGUUCCACGACCUCAACAACAACAGCUGUCCCUCUCCCGGAUGUUCAGUUUGGAAUUUCAUUUGUGAACCAAACCACGGUAGUCCUCUCCUGGACUGUAAAUGGGGACUUGACAUCCGUAAAAGAUUUCCGGGUGCAUUUUCAACAGCUAGGAGGGAAUGAUUCGGUUAUCACAAAUUUUCCAAUAGACAAAUCCGAAAGGGAUCAUGCAAUAACUGGUCUCUCACCAGGAUCAUAUUAUAUGAUAUGUUUCUUUAUUGACCUUACUGAUUCUACACAACAGCUGAUAGGAUGUCAGAUCGAACAGACAAGACCUUGAGUCCCUACAGUGGUAACAGCGGCUGCUAACACUGAUUUAUAGAUGACAAUACUGGUCCAUACAGCAUAUCUUCGGCCAACAACAUACUGGCAAAAUGCCCAGUCUUUAUGAUUUAUUGAAUUGUUGGUGUUGGUGAUGGCUGUGACUCAAGGUCAUUCCUGAAGGGUCAAGGAUAAUUAACUGUAGAAAUUUCUUUCAAAUUUUGCCAAUUAAACAUUCAAUCCCUCAUA